AUGCCGACUAAUGUACUAUCUAGCUGUCGCGCUGAAAACUUCGGUAGAGCAUACAAGAAGGCUUGCGAUGCCGAAGUCAAAUCCGGAUUCCUUGUGCUGCUGGGGCCAGGAGGCAUGCGCCAGGACGUCCGCGUGGUUGUCUACAGAACGUCAUUGGAGCACUUCGCCGUUAUAUAUCCAAGGAAGCGUUUAUCAAAGUCGAUUGGUGUUGUCAAUUUAAGGAAUACAAGUGUAGAGCGAGUGGAUUCGAACAGCGGAUUCUUUGUGAGACAAAAAGGAUAUGAUAACACGAUAAGCGCUAAGUUCCUGUGUUCAGAGCGGGAUAUAGAAGCGUGGUUAUUAGCCUUCGCCCCAAAUAAAUCGUCUAAUUGUCAUCAUCACGCCAGUUUACCGGUUUUAGUGGAAGCCGAAGAAAGCUAA